AUGAAUCUUUUCGCGGCUGCCGUAAACCCAGCAAUGCUCUACAAAUUAAAAGGGGCACUACACAACACUCGCCGCACCCUUCAGUUAUCACUUUUCCUAUUGUUCGCCAGCACUUUGUCGAAUGCUAACCCCAUUUCUGUGCCCGAAAUAGUUAACAAAUCUGGUAAAAAUAUUGGCGGCACAUCCUCAUCCGCUUCGUUGAUGAUCAAGCCGAGUAUACAGAAUGCCCAAUUGAAUUCGCUCAAUGCCUAUGCGACCAACUAUGGCCACUUUGCGGCACAGAUCCCAAACAAUGGUGCAGAACAAACUCACACCGCUGCCACCGCAAGCGCCACCAACACAAAUAACUUUAAGCCAUCCUAUAAAUUACCCGAUUUAGAGCAUAAUUUUACGCCAAUACAAACGGUUAAUGGUGCCAAUUUAAUGCCGAAUGCCGCCGCGCUAACAGCAGUUGCACCCAAUGUGAAUAGCAUUGCCAGCAGUAAUCUGCCACAGCCCACGCCCGUCUUAAUGCAAUACCUGCCACAAGCAAUGCCCGAUAACGGCGUGCAUUAUCUACAACUCAUACCGACGCGUCCACUUAUUGUGCCGAUAAGUCCAUACUUGAAUGGAAAUGCAGCAACGUCGGCGUCACAGCCCAACUCCCAUGCACUACAUCCGCCAUUGGCUGCAGCUAUCAAUGGUGGGCCAUUGCAUAAUGCAGUACGGACGCCUGUCAUACUAACAUCCGAGUCGAUCAAUGGCGAUGCUAUACAUCAACAGCAGCAGCAGCAGCAGCUGCAGCAGCAACAACAUCCAGCAGCUACGGCAGCAUUGAUAGAUGUGUCGAAUGCAGCGCUGCCAUAUGGACUCCAAACGUAUGCGAACGCCAUACAGCCAUACCGUAGCAGCUAUCGUAUAAAUCGUGAGGCGAAAGGGAAAAACUUCCCCGCUACAAUGACACUCAAUAUGAAUGAAUAUAUACCGGGACCCAAUGAGGCGUUGCGACCGCUGUAUAUGCGCGGAAGGCCUUGA